UGGCACUGAUCUUCCACAGCUGCAGACCCCGGUUUCUUACCUACCUAGGUAUCUCAAUCGGUCUUCCCCAUCAGAGCUCUGUCAACAUGAGGUCUUUCGCGAUCUCGGGUUUGGCGCUGUUCGCCUCGUACGCUGCUGCUCAAACCCAUCAGCGUCUGGGUGGUUGCCCUUCGCUGGGAUGUGUCUUCCCUCCUGACCAGGCCGACUUCCUUCCCGGACAGCGCUUCGAUAUCCGUCUGGAGGUUCACUCGCCCGUCAACGGCUCCGAAGCCCGCAAGGGUGAGCCCGAUCCCAACUUCAAGUUCACCAUUGCGAAGAAGGGUGAGAAGGCCGUUCCAGUGGAUGAGUACUUCGACAUCGAUGAGGCGAAGCUUGAGAGAUGGAAUUUCACCUGGUACGAGGACCUCUUCGCUGAGGACGCCGGCAAGGCCUCUCUCGUCAAUGUGACCUCCAAGGCCUACAGAAGAGUUGCUUUGUAUGAACCUGGCGAGUACGAGGCCACUCUGACGUACUAUGGCAAGGAGAAGACUGUCGCGAACUGGUUGGUUCGUGAUGUCCCCAAGAAGCGUCGUGCGAAGAACGUCGUUCUCUUCGUGGGAGACGGAAUGACCACCAACAUGAUCACUGCAGCCCGUUUGAUCGCUCACAAAAGCAUCAACGGCAAGUACAUGACCAAGAUGGCGCUGGACAAGUUCCCAGUGCUGGGCCACCAAAUGACCCACUCGAUGGACUCGUUCAUCACCGACUCUGCCAACUCGGCAACGGCCUUGUACUCUGGCCACAAAACCACUGUCAACGCCUUGAACGUUUAUGUGGACUCUUCCGAAGACCCUUUUGAUGACCCCAAGUUCGAAAUCAUCACUGAGAUCUUCCGUCGUCGACACCCCGAUGCUGGUGUUGGCAUCGUCUCGACUGCCUUCCUUGCCGACGCCACCCCGGCCGCUCUGUCGGCUCACACCAGCGACCGUGGAGAGUACGAACACGUCAUCAGCUCCUUCUAUGAGGGUCUGACUGACUUCGACUGGAAAGAGUGGAACGGCCCCGACGUCCUCUUCGGUGCGGGUGCCGAGGCUUUCCUGAAGAGCGAAGACGCCGCUCGUGACUACUAUAACCUGUUCGCCGAGAAGGGAUACAGCGUCAGUUGGAACAACACUGCACUGCACUCUGCUCCCAACGACACCCGGGCACUGGGCGUUUUCUCGACCAACAACCUGGCCACCUGGCUGGACCGCAAUGUCUACCAGUCCAACCUUCAAAACCAGAGCAACUACCCCGACGGGUCUGGUCGCGAUGCCGAGGAUCUCCCCGGCCUCAAAGACAUGACCCUCAAGGCGAUCGACGUCCUGAAUGAGCGUCAUUCGGAUGACGGCUGGUUCCUCAUGUCCGAGGCUGCCAGCAUCGACAAGCAAAUGCAUACCCUUGACUACGAUCGGUCCCUCGGUGAACUUCUGGAGCUGGACGACACCGUCAAGGCUACCAUUCAGAAGCUCGAAGCCCUGGGCGAGCUCGAGGACACUCUGAUCGUCGUGACCGCCGAUCAUGGGCACGGGUUCGACGUCACGGGCGCCGUCGACACCAAGUACAUGAACGCACAGGAGGACGACCGAGCGAAGCGCAGAGCCAUCGGGUACUACGAGAACUCGGGUCUUUCGCAAUACACGGUGGGCGGACCCAACGCGCUCCGGUACUCGGAGGGGGUCCAUUUCCCGGCACGGUGGGAUCCGCGCUACACCUUGCAUUCGGGAGUGGUCGCGUUCCCCGAUCACCGGGAGAACUACGAGGUGCACAAGGACGGACCCCGGCUCCCCGCCGUUGAGCAUCCCGGAAGCAAGGGCAACUUCGCCAACUAUAAGGACGCGGUGACCGGAUACCUGGUCAACGGCACGCUACCCGUGGACGCGAACCAAGGGGUGCACUCGCUGACCGACGUGCCCGUGUUUGCGCAGGGCCCAUGCCAAGAAUUGUUUGGAGGCGUGUACAACUCCAUUGACAUUUUCUUCAACAUGGCCGAGUGCUUGGGUCUGGCCGAAACCAAGCGUGGGAAGAAGGGACAUAGGAACUGAUCCUCUUCUUGCUCGGUUCGAGUCGAAUGUUUUCUUUUCUUUUCUUUCUCUUUCGAAUUCUUGCAUUAUCAGGGGGGUUGGGAGCGUGAUGAGAAAAAAACCUGCAGUGU